AUUUGUCAUAACAUACGUCAACUUCUGCUAGAAUUUUUUUUAAGUAUAAAUUAAAGUAAAAAUGAACUGGAAAAAUUUUGGAAGUACAAAAUUUUUAGUACCAAAUUUAUAUUUCAAAUCGCAAUACCGAAAUGUUGCUUGGUUUUCAAACGUUCCUCUAGCUGACCCGGAUCCAAUUUUUGGAAUGACCGACUCUUUUUUGCAAGAUUCUUCGAAGGACAAAGUAAAUUUAGGUGUUGGAUCAUAUAGAAAUGAUGAUGGCAACCCUCAUGUUUUACAAAGCGUGCGCAAGGCAGAAUUAAAAAUAAUGUGUAAAAGUAUGGAUAAAGAAUAUUCCGGUAUGAUAGGUAAUCAGGAAUUUGGUAGAAAAGCCUUUGAUUUUGCAAUGGGAGAAGGUAAUGAAUUUUCAGAAUGUGGACGAACUGUUUACUGUGACACUGUUGCCGGAUCAGGAGCAAUAUGUGUGGUAGGUGGAUUCUUAUCUAAGUGGUUUCCAGAAAAGAAGGUAAUUUAUCUAUCUGAACCUACCUGGCCCAAUCAACAUCGUAUUCUUGAAUAUGCUGGAAUGACUACGAAAACCUACAGAUACUACAACGAAAAAACAUUAGGUUUAGACUUUGAGGGUAUGAAGGAUGACCUGAACAAAUUACCCUGUAAAUCCAUAGUGUUGUUUCACGCCUCAGCUCACAACCCCACAGGAGUUGAUCCUACACCCAAGCAAUGGGAUGAACUUGUUUGUAUUUGCAAAGAGAAGCAAUUUUAUGUGUUUUUUGAUUUCGCAUAUCAAGGUUUUGGUACUGGAGAUUACGAUCUGGAUGCGUACCCAGUUCGUCAGUUUGCUAAAGCUGGCCUUGGUAUGGCUAUAUGUCAAAGUUUCUCCAAAAAUAUGGGUCUGUAUGGCGAAAGAGCUGGUCUAGCUAGUUUCAUCUGUGAAUCACCAGAAGAAGCAAAGAGAGUGGAGUCCCAAGUGAAGCUAAUAGCAAGGUCUAUAUACUCAAAUCCUCCAAUCAACGGCGCCAGAAUAGUGUUAGAAAUUUUAUCGGAUAAAACAUUAAAAGAAUUGUGGUUAAAAGAGCUCAAGCAGAUGUCUGCGAGAAUCCUUUGGGCCAGAAAAACUUUAAAAGAAGGAUUGGCCAAAGCUGGAUCAACUAAAAAUUGGGAUCAUAUAACCAAUCAAAUAGGAAUGUUCUCGUAUACCGGUAUAAAACCUGCCGGUGUCAAAAGACUAAUAAAGGACUACCACAUAUACAUGAUGGAUAACGGAAGAAUAUCUGUUUCAGGGAUUAACACCAAAAAUGUCGAUUAUGUCUGUAAUGCCUUUCAUAAGGUCGUUAGCGAGACAAAGUAAUAAUGUUCUUUAGUAUGACUAUUUUGUAAUAAUAAAAAUGGUGAUAUAUUUGUAUGUAUAUUGUCGUAAUAAAAAUAAAAUGUUUGAUAUA